AGUCGACAACAGCAUCUAAACUAUUCAACAUGAUCGCUUUUAGAACAGCAGCCAUCCUCCUCCUGGCAGCGUACGCCGCUGCCCGUCCAUCCGAAGACUGGGAGCCCGAAGGUCAUUCCCACUCGGAGCACACAAAACCCUACCACGUCACGGUGGUGAAGAAGAUCGGAGUCCCGGUCCCGCAUCCCGUGGCCGUGUCAGUCCCGCAGUACGUGAAGGUGCCGAUACCCCAGCCCUACCCCGUCCACGUUACGGUGGAACAGCCUAUCCAUGUGCCAGUUUACAAGGUCGUGCCCCAGAUUGUAGAGAAGCCAGUACCUUACACCGUUGAGAAGCCCGUCCCUUAUGAGGUCGAGAAGCCUUACCCCGUCGAGGUCGAGAAGAAGGUUGAGGUCCCAAUCCCCAAGCCUUACCCCGUCCACGUACCUGUCUACAAACACGUUUACCACCACAAAGGAGGCCACAAGCACUAAAUUUAAAAAAAAAAAUGGGGAAAGAGGUUCUAUAGCUUAU